AUGUCGGCGUCCAAGUGGAAAGUCGGCUCUUUCUUGCAGCAAGCCGUGGCUGGCGUUGAGUCUCGGCUGGACACCAUCUUAGCUGACAGCGACAGCGAAGCUGCGCAGAAUGCAGACAAGACCGAAAAGCCGGCAGAGAAGCAGCCUGGCCUCAGGGCGGGCAUGCAAACCCCUUCAUCUACGUCUCCAAAUCUCUCGAGGAAUUCUUCAUCCGCCAGAACUAAUGACAGACUCCAGGAACGCCUUGCUCGCGCGAUGGCGAAGCAGGCUGGAGCAGCGAGUGUUACCAGUCCGCCGUCUUCGACCGGUGUACCUUCGCGGACCUCUACUCCUCUUCCAACAGACGGCAGCAGAACGAGUAUUGACAGCUCUGCUGGAAACAUAGACAAAGCUACAGAUGAAACGAAAUCAGAUAGCAAACCCGCUCGCACGAGCCUAGAAGUUACGGCUCAAGGAAGGCAGUCAAACGAAAUACAAUCAAAUGAGCUGGAAACACCAGAAUGCAAAGGAGCUGAGAGAGAUAUAGACCUAUUGAAGGCGAAUUCAAGCCAGCAAUCUCAAGUACCUGAGAUCAGCGUAGCCGAAUCCCGGUCAAACCAUCUUGAAGACUACGAGACGGCUAUGGCGAAACUGCAAGCGGACCAUGAAGCAUCGGAGCUACGAUGGCAGGAGGAGCUGCACAGCUACAUAGAGAAGAUCGAUGCCCUCCAAGCAAAAUUAAAAUAUCUAGCAAGCGAAGCUGUCGAAUCGGCUCGUAAUUCUACGGCUUCUGCAACGCCUGGUACCAUAGAGAAGAAGCUCUCUGAAAAGGAGGAGAAGAUCGCUGUGCUGAUGGAAGAAGGCCAGAAGUGGUCAAAGACCGAGCUGGAGCAUAGGGCUACAAUCAAGAAGCUUCGACAGUAUAUAUCGGAGAGCACCCGGACCCAGGUAGAGCUCAAGAGGCGGAUUGAAAAGGCCGAAAAGGAUCUAAUCCUCGCAAAUGAUCGUGCCAAACGAGCAGAAGCAGCAGAGAAGCGUGCCACGGCCAGUUUAAACAAACAGUCAAGCACGGAAGAAGACUUGGAGUCAGCAGUCGCUGAGCGGAACAUUUUGAAAGCUACGGUCUCUGACCUGAGUUAUCAGCUAUCAAGAGCUUCUGCCAGAGCUGAAGCAGCGGAGAAAAAGGCCGAAGAAGAAGUUAUGCGAAUAGAAAGCCGCCAGGUCUCUGAGCUCAAGGAGGAACUUUCAAGUGCGAAAGUGGAACACGAGCUCAACGAGGAGAACCUUCGACGUGAGAUUCAAGAUCUUACAGAGAGCCUUAGUCGAGAAAAGGAGCGCUCGCGGGCUCAGGAAGUUGAACUUCGUGGAGAACAAUCUGUCUUGGAGAGUAAGAUGGAAAGCCUCCGAGCUCGGGCUGAGGAAGCCUCAUCGAGCGUUACCGGGGAUGCACAGGCCAAACUUCUACGGCAAGUAGAGACUCUACAGACACAAUAUGCCGUGGCAAGUGAUAACUGGCAUGGUAUCGAGACUUCCUUGCUCUCUCGCCUGGCUAGCGUGGAAAAAGAGAGAGACGACAUUGCGAAACGGGAAGGGGACAUGCGCAGGAAAGUCCGCGAAUCUGUUCUAAAAGUUAAACGAGCUGAAGGAGACUCUGAGAACUCUCGUGAGCUUGCUCGUGAGCUGGAGCGAGACCUUGAAGAGAGCCAACACGAGGUAAAACGAUUACAAGCCAAACUAGAAAAGGCAGAAGAAGAACUGUUCGCUGCGCAACAGGACUUGUCAAAGCAAAAGGAGAUACUGGAUGCUACUUGGGCACAACGGCUUGAGGAUGAACGGUCCAAGUGGCAAGAAAAUAUAGCAUCAUCCCCGGCAAUACUUCAAGCUCGCGCAGAGUCAGUUACGCCUAGUCGACGGUCAGAUGUACUCUCCUCCUUGUCUGAAAUUCCACAGAGCCGCAGAUCAUCAACUCUCCCGAAGCUGGAUACUCCCCCCAGACAGAAUUCUUACUCAUCUCUAAAUUCCAACCCCCUCCUCCGUGGCUCUUCUUUACAUGACGCACCAUCUCCUCUAGCCGAUACUGCCUCUAUACAAACCCAGGAGCCCGAUGAUUAUUUUAACGGCGGUCUUACUCCAGCAACUCCCUCGGUACCUGGAACCCAUACUCAACAUUCUCGCGGAGCUCAUGAUGUUGUCUCAGCUUCUACUGUUGCUGCUGGGCCAUCCGUCCAGCUGGUGGAGAGAAUGAGUGCUACGGUUCGUCGUCUUGAAAGUGAACGCGCAGGAUUCAAGGAUGAGUUAGCACGUCUGACUUCCCAGCGUGACGAAGCAAGACGUGAAGUCGUUGAGCUUAUGAAAGAGGUCGAGGAGAAGAGAGUCGGGGAUGAGCAUGUACGAGGACUUGAAGAGAAAGUUCAACAGCUGAACGAGAGAUACCAAACUACUCUUGAAAUGCUCGGUGAGAAGAGUGAGCAAGUAGAGGAGUUAAAGGCUGAUAUUGCCGACUUGAAGGACAUAUAUCGUGACACACUCCAAAAGCAUCUACAACAAUAA